UGAUUACGUCAUUCGCAGGGCCUGAUGGGUAAAUAUGGCUAGCGAAACACGACAGGAGAGAAAUGGCGAAUCCAAAGUCUUGUAGCCCAACUAAUUUUUUAGGCCAGUCUUGGUCUAAUUGGGCUGAUGCAGCGUUUUCUGAAGAAACAAAUGAUACAGAAAGCACUGCUGAGGCUUCGGGGGAGGAUUCAUCGAAAAGGGGAAAUGGCAAAGCAGAAUCAAUGAAACUUCAUAGAACUGAUUUUGCACUAUUUGGAAUAUGUCCAACGCAAGAUCAGUUCUACCUGGUGGUGUGUGAACAGUGUGGUCAGGUGGUCAAGCCACAGGGCCUCAAAAAUCAUAUAGAUGCACGGCAUAAUGGUAAAGCACCGAAUAGACCUCCAGAGAAGAUGAAAGUCUCUCGUUCAGUCCAUCCGCAGCCUGUGCCGCAGUCAAAGCAUCCUCCACAGCGAGAGUCUCCUAGGACACAUAACAUAUCAAAAGGGUCACGACCCCCACCCCAACCGCCACCUGUUGCGACUCGGGGUUUGUCAAUCUCGUCACCACCACAGAUAAAGGAAUCGGUUGCUGUGCCGAUUGUAGAACCGCAAAUCUCUGUGCCUUUACCGCCGCAGCCGAAUUCCGUGAUGAUACCGUCGCCUGUGAGUCGACCAAUUAAAAAUGCCAAGACUUCCCAGCUGAGUGAGCAUACAUGCUCACUCUUGGUCGGCGACAAACCACCUAAAGUUAAAAAGCCGGAACCAACAGUAAGUAACCAUAAUCAACCGUUGGUUGUAAUACCAAAGAUAGCUCCAGAAUUGUUAUGGACUGAAAAUAGCUUACUUAAGGAAGUACCACCAUCGCCUGUCACCCCAUCAACGACGUCUGCCACCACACCUGUAAGCACACCUGUGCUCACACCUGCAUCGACCAAGAAGUCAAAAAAGAAAGAUUCGCCACGCAAAUUCUUGCCUUUAAAGGAUCGAGAGUAUGAUCCGAAUAAACAUUGUGGAGUGGAAGUAGAAGGUAAACCAUGUCUCCGGUCAUUGACCUGUAAGACACACGCGUUAUCCUUACGGCGGAAGGUACCUGGACGGCAAAAGCCACUGGAUGAGCUCCUUGCGGAACGGAAGGCCAUCAAUGCCGUGCAUUACCAACAGACGCAUGGCACAAAGCACUCACCUAAGCAAGCAUCAGGCUUUCAUGAGGUCACUCCCCAGAUGGCCUCCACCAUCUCAAAUUUACAUGUCACGCAAACUUCCUCGCAUGCAAUUGACCGACUUCACUCAGUGCCAAAGACGCCACCAAAAAUGCCAUCAACACCUCGUCCACCGCGCCCACCUGACCUCGGUGUCCAUCCUGUUAAGCGUUCCCACCCUCAUUCAGCCCCUUCCACCCCUACGUCCGCAGACCAUAAAAACCUUGUAAGAGCUGAUUCAGGAGGACGGGUCAGUGGUCUUUCUGUUGAUGCCCAAGAUGAUUUGGGAGAAAUCGGUUCAGAUUCUCACAUAUGUACUUACCAACAACCUAAACCUAUAGCUGUUUGUCACUAUGGUGCUCAUCAAAUCGGUCGUGGUGUUUACUUGUUUGAUCGAAGACUUCAUUCUUUAAGGUCAUCCCUUAAAGCUCUGAUUGACAAACAGUUAAACCCCCCACCCGCCAAGAAAGCAUGUGCAUCGUCCUCAUUAUCAGGACGGCCAACAACUAGUUUAUCAACGUCCAGUAUACCAUCAAAGAGCUCUGCAAAUACUAGUAGUAUGGUGUUGAAUCAAGUGGCAACGCCGACAUCAAAAACGACGUCAAAGACAAUUUCUAAAUCUAGUCAUCCAAAAAGAUCGAAAACAAUCUCGAAAUCAAUACGAGCCGCUGCCGGCUCGGGAACCAGCACGCAGACCAAGGUUACGAAAAGCCAAAAGAAAAAUGCAACGUUAAGUACCUCAACUAGUGCCACGGCAACAAAUGCUAACCAGCUAAUUACCAAUGCGGCCAUCCCGAUUGGAGGAACAUUACAGCUCACUUCGGGCUCCUCUACUACGCCUUUUUUAGUCACGACCAAUGGCUUGCAGAACGCUGAGUAUAUUGACACAAACUUGCUAGGAGUCGAUUCGACUAUGAAUUUAAUUGACCAGUCGGGAAAUUUGAAAAACCUGGUGGUUGUGACAAACAUUGAACCGAAUGUGAACGGUGGCCAACCGAAUAAGGUCAAUCAAACUCGAAUACCAUUUUUCAAAGCCAUUGCUGGUAAUACACCAGUGUUAUUACAGAACAUGACGGUGGACAAUGAUGGUAAAAUGAAUGUUAAAUCAAGAAUAAAAAAUAAUAGCAAGUUAAAAGGAAGUAGAAAAGGCAAGCCUGGAUUGGCAAUUCAUGGGGGUGUUAUAGUGAGUCCAAGUCUACUUCAACAGCAACAACAGUUAGUCAGUCAAGUGAAACAGGAUGGUACAGUUCAAGAUCUGCGAGGAUUUCAAACAGCACCAAGUCCUGUGUCAAAAGCCAAUAGUCCCCAAAUAAAUCAGGGUUCUGCGAGUCCUCACAUGUUAUCACCUAUACCCAAUGGAAUCAUUCCGUCUACUAAUGUAAAACCAUUCCUAGCAACUUCAGUCAGUAACCCACAGCAGCAACAGCAGCCCACGACAAUUGUCCAACAGAGCCCAUGCAAUACAUCCCCACUAGGGCCGUUAGUUCCUGAGACAUCUUCCACUACAAAUUUUACCGCGGUGCUUUCUCAAUCAGGCAAGGUGCAGUUUGUUGCAACUAGCAAAUCAAAUUGUAGCCUGGGAAAGCCAUUGACGAACCAACCCUCCAUGCAACUGGCCCAGCAGAUGACGCUAGGCCAAGCAUCGCAACUACAAUCCCAACAACUCAUGGCAAACCUUAUCACAACCACGCAACCUGGAAAACCGUUGCACAUCAACAACGCACUAAUACAGAACCAUGCAACCGCGCUGCCAACAGUAGUCCAGGGCAAAGGGUCGUCCGGUCUCACCUUAGCUUUCAACCAGCAGCCAAUAUUUCUUCAGGGACAGAAUCUAACAGAACACCAGCAACAAUGAUAAAUACUUAUUCAAGAAAAUAAAAUAGUAUUAUUUGAUCACAUGUACUCUUGAUCACCUGAUUAGUCACAUGACUUAAAUAAGUAUUAUGAUUAUCAGCAUCUGUAUUUCAGUGUGAUCGGGGAUCUAAAUUUGGUUGGCAUCAUCCAUAUUGGAUGUGUGUGAAGUCAAGACAAUUUCAGUUCACACUGAAUUCUAUCCUGCUGAAAAUACAAGAAUAUGAUUCUCUUCCUACUGACUAACCGUGUGAAUCAAUCACUGACAAACCAUAGGAUCAAGGCUUUAAAACAUCAGCCACUGACUAAUCAUGUGAAUAGGGCUUUAAAUGUCAGCGUCUGACUAACCAUGUGGACAGGGAUUUAAAAUGUAGAUCACAAAUGUGCCUUCACUGAUACUUAUUUAGGCGACAGAAAACAAUUAGACAUGCACUACAAGUGUGAACAUUUCUUUGCAUUAAGACUUAAAAUUGUAAUUUAUUUCUUCAUUCAGACACUUAAUUUUAUUUAGAGAAGAAAAUUAUAAAAAAGAAUGAAAUAUCACAAUAUCCAGUCUGGCUUGUUAUAAGAACUUUUUCUUGUACAUUUAGCAGGGAUGUAUGCAAUGGUAUUUUUUUUUUAUCAAGUGCAAUGUAAUUUUACACACACCCCCCCCCCCCCCCCCCCCAAGAACGGUUUUCUCCUCAAACUAGAAAUGUAGGCUCGUAAGUAACCAGGUGAAUCCUCUUUCAAUGGAAUUAAAAAUACGUAUUUUGGAUAUCUAUUAAAAGAACUUGUGGGACCACCUGCCUCCACCAUGCAUGUUUUAAAUUGAUUCUCCUUAUUACUCAAACUGGUUACGGGCCUGAAAUAGGCCGCUCGUCUGGUAUUCUUGGAUUUCAUUUAUUAAUUAUGCUAGUGCUAUUACAAGUUAGAACAGUAUUACAUGGGUGUUGAUGUAAAGCCAUUCUGGGAAACUUUUUUGAUAAAUAUGAGUGAAUUUGAUUCAGAAAUAUGAUAUAGUUUAAUGGAAAUUAUAAAUGAAUAUGGAACAGUUGAAUAGUUGUAGUUGGUACAGCUGGUAGAAAUGAUAUUGGACUUAUGAUCAAAAUAUCACUAAUAACAUUAUUAAUAUUCUCUUUGAGUACUAUACUGUUUUACUGUUAAUUUCUAAUUUCUAAAUCAAAUUGGUUUUUUAAUGAUAUGUAAUGAUUAUUGUAUACUCAGGUUUUUAUUUUUUCAAGUUUAGGCAACAGAAGUCCCUUAAAUCUUGGAUCAUUCUAAUGUUUUAUCUGUUUUUCCAAUUAUACUAAAGAAGCUGUAUGGGACAUAUGCUGCUUACCAAUUUUAUAACUAUCUGAUUUUAUCAAUAAUUGUAUCAACAGUACAUGUGGAAAUAAUAUCUGUCAGACUUCAUUUAGAGUACAUACCUCGAUCUUUAUAUGAUGCUGCCCUCACUUGCCCAUUAUGUCAUGAGCUUGAUAGCUCAAGAGGGCAGUGUUUAUCAGAAGCUAGUUGCUAGGGGUUACAGCUUCCCAUUACAUACUGGUGCUGGCUAUCUGAAGCCAGAGCAAUAAGGUGAUAUGAAAGCAACAUUAUUAUGAAUCUUGAGUUUCAUAGACAAUUUAUUUAUUUUAUUGGUUGAUGCGUUGCAGAAGAAAAUAUGCAAUUAUUAAUACAAGUUUCUCAAUUUUCUAUGUUGAGGGAAAAGUUUCCAUGUGUGUUUGUGUUAACAGAGAAGAAAAAUAAUGGUGAUAAGUACUCAAAUAUUGUUUAGUUCAGUAUUUAAAAGAAUGAAGAGUUUCCAAAAAAUGUAGGUAUAUUGAUGAGGUCAUGACCUAUUUUUUGACCUUUGAACUAUGCUUAUAGAAAAACAAGCUUCCAGUUUUUACAGUUGGUUUUUAGUAUCGGUGUUGAAUGAAUUCGAUACAUAUAUAACUACUGAAAAUAUAUUCGGUUGCUGACUUGUGUAAGUUAAAUUUAUUGCAAUUUUGAAUAAUCUUUAGGAGGAACCCAUAUUAUUUCUUUCUAUUGUGCAUUUUUUCUAUACAACUUUUUCAGAGAAUGUCUGAAAUUAAUUUUGUUAUUCAAAGAAAGAACAAUCAAAUCGUGUAUUGUAUAGGUUGAGAAUUUAAAGAAGAAAAUUUAUGUUAAUUUGCGAUGAGAGUAUAAAUGUUUACACGGCACGGAAUGAGAAAUGCUCAAUUUUGUUCAUUCUGCAAACUCAAUGUGUAUGUUUCAAUUCAAUAAUAAAAUGUCAAAAUAUUUAAAGAAAUUAUCACAACUAUUUUUUUUUGUAUUGUGAUUAUAAUUACAGUUAGACUUGAGAUAUUGUUAGAAUUUUGUCUUUGUACAUAAUAUUCAAGUUGGUUUUUUGCAGUUCUGUCCAAGCCAGAAUGGAUAGACGCUAAAUUGUUUAUUUAUUAAGGAAUUGUUACAGUGAUGAUGAUGGUGGACUCCACGUGUAUGCAAUAGUGGAGAAUGAUUUUUCUGUAUAGCUUGGAUACGUACUAGAAAAUAAAUUCAUAUGAAUCUAUAA